AUGACCGUUUUGCCGCUUUUAUGGUCGGGAUGUUUUAUCGUACUUUUUUCGCACGGGUGGCUUUCGACGUGGCUGAACUGUCCAGAGAGAUCCGACUCUCGGCCGAGAUGGCGGUGCCACUUCAAAGGAAGUGUGAUGGGCGAAUGUGUGAGGCGGCCGCCUGCGGACCGGCCUGAAAUGAACAUGCACACUGGCAGGCGAAGGGGCGGAGUAAAUUGAGGAGGGGGAGUGCCUGGAGCUGGAGGAUCGGGUCUGUCCAGCUAAUCAAGCAUCAACUUCAUCAUCAUCAACGCGGAUGCACCGUGAACAGUUACUCAUAUAGGAAAUGCAUGGGUAAUCGGAGGAAAAUGAGCGGCUUGCCUUUGAUGAGUUGGAGAUAAAAAUAGUUUCACAGUUAUUAUGAGGAUGCAGAAAUUAAUGAAUUUUGCUGUAUUUCAAUCGUUUUCCACACACUACGUCUGUGAUACCUUUCAAAAGAUUUAUAGUGUUCAUUUUAUGACAUUGGAAAGAAAAAUGCAUUUCUUUGCAGAAUCAAAGUUGGUAUUGAUUGAUAUAAAGGUGGAGAACUCCCUUCGCAACAAGUUCAUAUAUGCAAAUAAUAAUAACAAGAUAUAAUACUU